AAGGUUUUUACACGCUGAGUGUCAAGUGCAAACUUUGUUUUCAUACAUUCAAAUAAUUCCUCGCAGUGUGAAAUGGGUCGCAAGGUUACAUUAGCGACUUGCUCCUUGAAUCAGUGGGCGUUGGAUUUUAAUGGCAACCUGUCCAGAAUCCUUAAAAGUAUAGAGAUUGCCAAGAAGGAGGGAGCAAAAUACAGACUGGGGCCAGAGUUGGAGAUCUGUGGCUAUGGCUGUGCAGACCAUUUCUACGAAUCUGACACUUUGCUCCACUGCUUCCAAGUCCUGAAGUCACUCUUGGAAUCUCCUUUGACCCAAGACAUUAUCUGUGAUGUGGGAAUGCCUAUUAUGCAUCACAAUGUUCGAUAUAACUGCAGAGUCAUCUUCCUGAACAAAAAGAUACUGUUGAUUCGUCCGAAAAUGCUCUUGGCGAAUUAUGGCAACAACAGAGAAUUUCGAUGGUUUUCACCCUGGAGUCAACCCAGGCUUGUAGAGGAGUACUUUUUACCAAGAAUGAUUCAGGAUGUGACGGGACAGUCCACAGUACCAUUUGGAGAUGGGGUGCUGUCCACCAAGGACACCUGCAUAGGGAGUGAGAUUUGUGCUGAACUGUGGUACCCCAGAAGUCCACAUGUUGACAUGGGUUUGGAUGGUGUUGAGAUCUUUACCAAUUCCUCUGCAAGCUAUCAUGAGCUACGCAAGGCUGACCACAGGGUAAAUUUGGUGAAAUCUGCCACCACAAAGAGUGGAGGGAUCUAUCUAUUUGCCAACCAGAAGGGCUGUGAUGGAGACCGCUUGUACUAUGAUGGAUGUUCUAUGAUAGCUAUUAACGGAGAUAUUGUUGCCCGGGGAGCACAGUUCUCCCUUGAAGAUGUGGAGGUUGUCACAGCCACUCUUGAUCUGGAAGAUGUGCGCAGUUAUCGUGGAGAGAGAUGUCACCCUCAUAUGGAGUAUGAACACAAACCCUACCAGAGGAUCAAAACAGACUUCUCACUGUCCAGCUGUGGUGAUAUGUGUCUGCCCACACCUCAGCCUGUGAAGUGGACUUUCUACACCCCGGAAGAAGAGAUCAGUCUUGGUCCUGCCUGUUGGUUAUGGGACUACCUCAGGAGAAGUGGACAGGCCGGCUUCCUUCUUCCUCUCAGUGGCGGUGUAGACAGUUCAUCAAGUUCCUGUAUUGUGUUCUCCAUGUGUGUGCAGAUCUGCCAAGCGGUCAGCCAAGGCAAUUCUCAAGUGUUGGAAGACGUGCAGCGUGUGGUGAACGAUUCUUCUUACCGGCCCGAUGACCCACAUGAGCUGUGUGGACGUCUUUUCACCACAUGCUACAUGGCUAGUGAAAACUCCUCACAGGACACACGCAACAGAGCCAAGGAGCUCGCGUCUCAGAUCGGCAGCAAUCACCUUAAUAUCAAUAUUGACAUGGCAGUGAAAGGCAUGCUGGGAAUCUUCUCCAUGGUGACAGGAAAGUGGCCUCAGUUUCGCGCUAACGGGGGAAGUCCCAGAGAGAACUUGGCACUGCAGAAUGUUCAGGCUCGUAUCAGGAUGGUUUUGGCCUAUCUCUUUGCUCAGCUCUGCCUGUGGGCUCAGGGGAGACCUGGUGGUUUGUUAGUUCUUGGUUCCGCGAAUGUGGACGAGAGUUUAACCGGAUACUUCACAAAGUACGACUGUUCCAGUGCAGAUAUCAACCCCAUCGGGGGUGUUAGUAAAAUGGACUUGAAGGGCUUCCUACAAUACUGCGUAAAACGCUUCCAGCUCACAGCCCUCAUAAGCAUCCUGGAAGCUCCGCCCACUGCAGAGCUCGAACCACUGACUGAUGGGAAGGUGGUCCAGACGGAUGAGGCUGACAUGGGAAUGACCUACUCGGAGCUCUCUGUGAUUGGCAAACUCAGGAAGAUCUCCAAGUGUGGCCCAUACAGCAUGUUUUGCAAGCUCAUCCACUCAUGGAAAGGGGCAUUUUCACCCUCCCAGGUGGCUGCUAAAGUGAAACACUUUUUUAGGGUGUACUCAAUCAACAGACACAAGAUGACAACUGUAACACCUUCUUAUCAUGCAGAAAAUUACAGCCCAGAUGACAAUCGCUUCGACCUCCGUCCUUUCCUCUAUAACACACGGUGGGAUUGGCAGUUCCGCUGCAUCGAUGACGAGGUGGCUGUGAUUGAGAGAGAUGGUGGUACUUUGUAGCUGUUAACAGAUUCACACUCCAUUGAUCAAUGGUCUAAAGAUCCAUCCGUCCAAUGAUGGGGAAGCAAACAUUGAGUACCCCACACUCCUUUACCUCCUAUCACCUUUGAUAGCUGUGAUGUUAUUAAUUUAAUGACUAAGCAAUUGCAAAUACUGUGUUUGAUCAUUGAUACACAGCACUAUAUGAAUGACAGAUAAGAGAAACAUUUAUGAUAAACAGAUAGUGCCUGAUGUCUUUUAUUGUGAUUGAAUAAUUUGCUGAGGAACCAAUUGUUUGGAUCGUUUGAGGCGUAUAGUGUAAGAGAUGCUGUUAACUAGGGUCAGUUCACACAGAAGCCUUAGGACUGCGACUUAUGCUGUAUUUAAACAGACAGUUUAAAUUUCCAACAUUAAUUGUUUCAUUCUGAUUUUUGAUCAUGUCAACCUGUUUUCAGAGGUGGACAGUACCGAAUUAAAUUUAGUACUGUUCUGUACUUAAAGUGAUACUUCACCCAAAAAUGAAAAUUCUGUCAUCAUGUGAAAGAAUUUACAUUUUUGGUGAAGUAUCCCCUUAAGUAUGUUUUUUUGAGUAUCUGUAAUUUACUUGAGUAUAAUUUUUUCUGAGUACUUGUUACUUUAACUCCACUACAUUUGUAAAAAGGUCCAAAAUUAGAAAGUCGUUUUUAUGUAGCUGGAUUCCUGUGUAAACAAUUUUUCUGGCAUGAUCUGACAGGACCUUUCACAAGUAAUUUAGUGUUUUUAAGCUUGUGGUUUUCCAGCCAGCUUUGAAUGGCCAUUCGGCAGAUUUUUUUAUGCAAAUCUGGCAACCCUGGGUUCCUCCCCAAUAAACUAAUGUAAACGUCAGCACUAUAACACAGCUGAAAACGUUUAAGACUAUAGAACUAUAAAGGACAAAAAAGGAACAAAUUCAAGGUAAAGUGUGAUAUGGUCACCUGUGUGUGCAACUAUGUGUGAUGCAUUGCUUUGAACAACGGCUACCAUCAGUAAAAGAUCAUAGAAGACAAUAGCCAUGUUUCCAUUCAGUUUUUGCCCUGUUUUGUUAUCGACAAAGCAAAUGUUGACAAAAGUGUUGCUGUUUCAGUCCAGUUGUUCUUUUACCAAUAAAUAUGGUGUGUAAUGAUGUCAUA